GUCCAUUGAUCGUGCAUAAUGGCGAAUCCGAAUCAGGAAAUUAAGUACACUAAGAUCUUCAUCAACAACCAGUUUGUGGAUGCGGCUAGUGGAAAGACCUUUCCCACGGUAAAUCCAUCAACUGGCAAGAAGCUGGCUGAUAUUGCCGAAGGCGAUAAGGCCGAUGUUGAACUGGCAGUGAAAGCGGCAAAGGCUGCAUUCGUACGCACAUCUACCUGGCGACAGAUGGAUGCUUCUGCUAGAGGUGCGCUACUGUGGAAACUGUCCACCCUAAUGGAGCGUGAUGCGAAUGUGCUCGCCUCGUUGGAGUCGCUGGACAAUGGCAAACCCUUCCCGAAUGCAAUGUACGAUGUGCAAGGUUCGAUUAAAACCCUUCGUUACUACGCUGGACUGGCCGACAAGGUCGGAGGUGAUACGAUCCCUUCGGAUGGGCCUCAUUUUACUUACACGCGUAAGGAACCUGUGGGCGUGGUGGGACAAAUUAUCCCAUGGAACUAUCCAUUGGCAAUGUUGUCGUGGAAGUGGGGCCCAGCCCUCGCUGCUGGCUGCACGAUCGUAAUGAAACCAGCCGAACAGACACCGCUGACGGCGCUGUACAUGACGGCACUUUCCAAGGAAGCCGGCUUCCCAGACGGUGUUAUCAAUGUUGUGCCAGGCUAUGGACCAACGGCUGGUGGAGCUAUCAGUUCCCAUCCGGAUAUUCGCAAGGUGGCUUUUACUGGUUCGGUUGAAGUCGGCAAGAUUAUUAUGGCGGCCGCUGCCAGCAGCAAUCUGAAAAAGGUCUCACUUGAACUGGGUGGCAAGAGUCCGCUCGUCAUAUGUGAGGAUGCAAAUGUUGAUCAAGCUGCAAUGAUCGCUUACAUGGCUGUGUUCGAGAACCAGGGCCAGUGCUGCAUCGCAGCCACGCGUACUUUUGUGCACGAAAGCAUCUACGAUCAGUUUGUGCAGAAAGCCGGUGAACUGGCUAAGGGGCGCAAGGUUGGCAACCCGUUCACUGAAGGAACUGUGCAUGGACCUCAGAUCGAUGACACCCAGUACAAAAAGAUCCUUGGCUACAUCGAAGUCGGCCAAAAGGAGGGCGCCAAACUGGUUACCGGUGGCAAGACAGUCGGCAAUGAAGGUUACUUCAUUGAGCCCACGAUUUUUGCCAACGUAACCGAUGACAUGACAAUCGCUAAGGAGGAAAUAUUCGGCCCGGUACAAAGUAUCAUCAAGUACCGAACGCUGGAUGAAGCGAUCGAACGAGCCAAUAACACCUCGUUCGGCCUGGCAGCUGGUAUCGUGACGAAUGACAUCAACAAAGCCCUUACUUUCAGCCACGCAGUGGAAGCUGGCUCCGUUUGGGUGAACACUUACUUGGCCGUGGUAAAUCAGGCGCCAUUCGGUGGCUACAAGCAGUCGGGUAUCGGUCGUGAACUGGGCAAAGACUCGCUGGAAGGUUACCUAGAGACAAAAUCCGUCUCCAUCCGUCUGCCGGCCAAAAUUUAAAAGGGUCUCCCCUUUUGACCGGUUACGGCUAUCGUGAUUUACGGUUGUUUCGUCGUUGGUGUUUCUUCAAAACAAAUACAUCUUCAUCGUUUUGUUGCAUUAUGUUUCAUUCA